AGGGAACAAAAAGGAGAUAAAAAGAGUCUCUCCACCUUCAUUUCAUUUUUUCUCUCUCCCUCGUUCCCUGUCUGUGUGUGUAGUCUCUGGAAUUGGCCUAGGGUUUUAGCGGAUCCGAAUACUGGCAAACUUGGAGCUUUUUUUAAUCAAGCAGAGACAAGGAUUUCGGAUUCUUUAAGAGAACUUCCUUUUUUUCAGUUUGCUGAGCAGCAAUCCUCUGAAGCUUGUCCUGAUAUCUGCCAUGGGGGAUGCAGAGAACGACUUGCAACCUUCAAAAAAGAGGGCUGCUGGAGUACAACUAUCUCGAGAUAACCCUGGUCUUGACGACGAUGAGGAGACAUCUGAACAAGAAGCAGGCACUUUUAAAAGGGCAAGUGAUGAGGUUCUGGCUACUAGAAGAAUUGUGAAAGUCCGUCGUCAGCAAACAUCAUCAACUCCAUCAGCCACAGAACCAACUCCUACUUCUAACCCAUUCAGUACUAUCCGCUUGGUUCCUCCUGCUUCUGCUCCUGUGGCGGUGGUGGAGGCGGAGGCGAGUCGUCUUACAAGCAAGGAAAACGAGCAAAGUGAUAAGAACAAUAGCGAAUCUGAAAAUGUGACUGAUGAGCCAAAGGGUGAAUCUAGUGCAGAUGUUAAGCCAUCUGAAAGCAAAGUUAAUGAGUCAAAAGUGGAAUUUAAUUCUGAGAAGGAUGAGAGUAACAUUGUUGUUGCACAAAGCAUAGCUAAAUCUGCAGUUGGGGAGGUCAUUGAAGGUGAGGAUUCUGGGGCUGUCUCCAAAAAAGCUGCAGAAGCUGACAAUAGUGAGAAUGACUCUAGGAAGGAUGUCGAUGGCAAGGAGAAAGCUGAGGAGAAAGGUAAUGGGGAGGCAACUACUGAGAAGACUGCAGAAACUGCCUCAUUUAGCUCAUUUCAACAACUCUCAAGUAGCCAGAAUGCGUUCUCUGGUCUUGCUGGGACAGGCUUCUCUAGUACCUCAUUCUCAUUUGGAUCAGUCCCUAAAGAUGGGUCUCCUUUAGGUUCUACCACUGGUUCACUUUUUGGCUUGAAGAACGAUCAGCCGUCCUUUGGUUUUGGAAAUUCUAAUAAUGGAAACUCCUCUAUCUUUGGAACUUCAGGGACAAAUCUUGCUGAUAAGAGUGAGGGCAACAAAUUCCCUACCAUGCAGGAGGUUGCUGUUGAAACAGGAGAAGAAAACGAGAAAGCUGUUUUCACAUCUGAUGCAGUCCUGUUUGAGUUUAUUGAUGGGGCAUGGAAGGAAAGGGGGAAGGGAGAACUCAAAAUCAAUGUUUCCACAACUGGAACAGGAAAAGGCAGACUUAUUAUGAGGGCCAGAGGAAACUAUAGGUUAAUCUUGAAUGCUAGUCUUUUCCCGGACAUGAAGCUGACGAAUAUGGACAAGAAAGGCAUCACCUUCGCUUGUGUGAAUACUGCUAGUGAAGGGAAAGAUGGGCUUUCUACAAUUGCCUUGAAAUUCAAGGAUGCUUCCAUAGUUGAAGACUUUCGAGCGGCUGUUGUGGAGCACAAAUCUAAGACUGCUCCUGCUCUUAAAACCCCAGAAAAUUCUCCACAGGCAUCGGAUAAAUGACUGCACCCUCUACAGACUCAGAGAAAUUGCACACUUAGGUUACCACUUAUGCCUUGCCCUCUUUUGUACCAUAAGCGAAAGGUUGAUACAAGUGCUUAUGGUUAUUAAGUUCGAUAACUGGUAAACCCUCUGUGUAGCUUGUAAGGCCUAUCCCUUUUGUUGUCAUUGCUAAUCUUUGUAAACCUUAGCAAAGUGUCUUCUAAUGUCUUCUUUAGUGAAUGUGCUUGGUUCUGAGUCUUGUUUAUGCGGAUUCUGGAGACAUGAAUGUUAAGUAGUUAAAGUCUAUAGUUCGCUUAAA